UCUCAUUCCCAUUCAACACUCUCCCUCCUUCUCUCUCUAAGCUCUCCCUCUCUCUCUCUAGAUUCUCAAUACCAGUCAUCAAUGGCCAGAGGAGGCAAACUAACGAAGCUGAAGUCCGCCCUAAAAAAGUGGAACUCAUUCAGCAGCAACGGAAGCGCCACCAAGCACAGCAGCAGCGCCGUCGCCGACGACGAGUCCUCCUCCUCCUCCCUCCAAACCGUCUACGUCGGCAAAUCCCGCCGCCUCUACCGCGUCUCCUCCGACGUCGUCGACCACCCUGUCUUCCGUGAACUCGUCGAACGGUCACGUGAAUCACAGCAAAACGACUCCGACUCCGACGCCGCCGUCAACGUCGCCUGCGAAGUCGUCCUCUUCGAACACCUGCUCUGGAUGCUCGAGAAUGCUGACCCUCAACCUGACUCGCUCGAUGAACUCGCCGAUUUCUACGCUUGCUAGCACCAACAAGAAAAGAAAAAAGAAAAAGAAAAUCGUACAUCAUUAUUAUUUUCUCAACUUUCUAUAUAUAUAUUAGUAGUGAUGAUAAUAAUUGUUUAUGAACUAUUUGUGAGUUGUGAUGACUGUAAUUUCAUUGCUAGCAAUAACUAACAUUCACAAGAGGAGAAGAGAUUGAGAGAUAUUUACAGAGUGUAAUUCAUCAUUUGAUCUGUACUUAUACUACUGCAUUUCUUCUUCCAAUGAGUUUAUUUUCCACUUUAUGUA